CGACUCUUCGAAUCGAAGUAGCAGGCGUUAGACCCACGCGUGAUCGCAGCCGUGAUUGUGGCGAUCUAUAUUAUCCUCCUCUUUCUCCACCAUGCCUGCUAAGUCAAUCAAUCAGUCCAUCUCUUUCGUUGAUUGUCUUUUGCAAUGGCGGAAUCGAAGAGUACGAGCCAUGAGCCCGUCCCGGAGCUAUUUGGUCUCAGCAAUGGAACUCUGCAACUCAAGCUCACCAACUGGGGCGCCACCAUUACAUCUCUACUCGUCCCCGAUUCGAAAGGUGAUCUCGCUGAUGUUGUUCUGGGAUUCGACUCCCUCGAGCCCUAUCUGAAAGGAGCUUCUCCCUACUUUGGUUGCAUCGUAGGCCGUGUAGCCAACCGGAUUAAAGAUGGCAAGUUCGCGCUCAAUGGGGAACAAUAUUCCUUGCCUAUCAAUAAGCCCCCAAAUAGUCUGCAUGGUGGAGAGAGAGGCUUUGACAAGGUUGCUUGGGAGGUUUUGGAGAAAGACCAUGACGAGACUCCUUCCAUAACAUUCAAAUACCAUAGUCAUGAUGGAGAGCAAGGUUACCCCGGUGAUCUUAACAUCACAGCCACCUACUCCCUACCGGGACCCAUGACUUUACGGCUCGAUAUGGAAUCUAUACCUGAGAAUAAACCAACCCCAAUUAGCUUGGCCCAACAUACUUAUUGGAACCUAGCGGGUCACAAUGCAGGAAACACUCUAGACCAUCACAUUCAACUGUGGGGAUCUCACAUAACACCAGUGGAUCAAUACACAGUCCCAACUGGUGAGAUCAUGCCAGUAAAAGGCACCCCCUUUGAUUUCCUGGAGGAGAAGAAGAUUGGGAGUAGGAUUCAUGAGGUUCCUGGCGGUUAUGAUCAUAACUAUGUAUUGGACUGUGGAGAAGAGAAGAUGGGUUUGAAGCUUGUGGCCAGGUUGAGAGAUCCUUCAAGUUCUCGUGUCUUGACUCUAUGGAGCAAUGCACCUGGUGUUCAGUUUUAUACAGGAAAUUAUGUGAAUGGGGUGGUUGGUAAAGGAGGGGCAGUGUACGGGAAGCAUGCCGGCUUGUGUUUGGAGACACAAGGUUUCCCAAAUGCUAUAAACCAGCCCAACUUCCCUUCGAUUGUGGUGGAACCAGGCAAAAAGUACAAACACACCAUGUUGUUUGAGUUCUCGGUAGACAAAGGACUGAAUGAGAACAGAAUAAGAUCCGAGUAAAAAAGAGCAGGUGGUGCUUUUCUUAGUAGUUAAUAACCAGUCUAUUUUGGAUCUUGAUUGGAGCCAUGGUUUUAUUUAAUCUAUUAGGAUUAUGCUUGGUUUUUACCCUAGUUGAUAUGUGGCCUGAAAUACUAUUAAAUUUAAGAUAUGUUUUGGUUCUGGUCAUCUUUGUGAUGUCUGAUGUUGCUAGCUUCAAUGCAUAGCAUACAAGCAUGAAUGUGUUUUCUAUGGUGUGAAGAGUGGAAACCAAUCAACGUGCAUUUUUAAAGAA